AACCUUAUCUGUUACUGGCAUCCAAUCCUAUCAAAACAUGGUCAUUUUGUAUUAUGAGCUUUUGUUCCACUUCUACAACACAAACCUUUAAACUGUACCCGGAUGGCUUCCUUGUUUAAAUCCCUCACCUUCCAAUUAAUUUCAACACAAGUUUAGCACCUAUGUGCCCUAGCAUACACAAAAACAUGCCCCAUAAUCGAUUUGAAUUUAAUUAAACCUUUUUUGAAGUGAGUUAAACCUUUAAUCACCUAAGUCAUGUAAACUGACACGUAUGCCCUUAAACAUAAUGAGAAAGACCAUCAUGAUUUGAUAAGACUUACACCUGGCUGAAGAUCUGAUCCUAAUCCCACACUCAUUCACAACUGACUUUUCACUGUUGACUGACAGUCUUUGAUGGAUUACUCAUCCAUAUCAUUGAUGAUGCACCGGGUUUCCUACCUGCACCACCCAUUAAAAAUGACUGAGUUUGGUGGCCUUGAGGAAUUAACGCACAGGUAGCUUAUAAAAGAAAAUAGAAGAGGGUUUCAGACAUCAGAGACAAGCAAACACACACAUAACCAGACAGAUCAGAGAUCCUCAGAGAGUAGAACCUUGGUUGGCUGACUUCUUUCUGCACAACAGAUAUGGUGAGGGAAGUGAGGAUGUUGUGUCCUGCUUGGCUCUUGGCUCUGGCUGUUCUGUGUGCGGGUGGCUCUGAAGUCAGAGCUCAGUGUUGGGAGAACUCCCGCUGCAGAGACCUCACCACUGACGAGAACAUCUUGAACUGCAUACAGGUAUGCAGGUCUGAUCUGAGAGAUGACACCCCAGUCUACCCAGGAGAAAGCCAUUUGCAGCCUCCCUCUGAACUGGAGCAGACCGAGGUCUUCGCACCUCUGUCCCCUGCUGCCCUCGCUCCUGCUGAGCAAAUGGACCUUGAGUCCAGCCCUCGACACGAUCACAAGCGCUCUUAUUCCAUGGAGCAUUUCCGGUGGGGAAAGCCAGUGGGUCGCAAGCGGCGGCCUAUCAAGGUGUACGCAAACGGCGUGGAGGAGGAAUCCGCCGAGAUUCUCCCAGCCGAGAUGAGGCGCGAGCUGGCCACCAACGAGGUCAACUAUCCUCAAGAGGAGAGCGAUUUAAACCAGCAGGGGAAGAAGGACGGCUCCUACAAAAUGAAGCAUUUCCGCUGGAGCAGCCCGCCUACUGGCAAGCGCUACGGAGGCUUCAUGAAGUCCUGGGACGAGCGCGGUCAGAAACCCCUUCUCACACUCUUCAAAAAUGUCAUAAACAAAGAGCAUCAGAAAUAAGGACCAGUGAGGGGGUUUUAAUUGGAUGAGUGGAUAGGGGAUUGUUUUUAAUAUACUUUCUUCCCAGCAAACCUAUCAUGCAUAGUCAACAAAAAAAGGGUGGGUGGUGUUGCCAGUAGUACUUAAUUCUUCACGCUUAGUUUAUUCACAUUGUAUUCAACAAUAAAUUCUGAAUUCUGUACAUAGAAAUGCUGUGGUGAUCAAAUACUUUUUAGAUUAUUCAUUGAAAUGUACAGUAUUAUACUGUAAAGUUUGAAAUUGUGAUACAGAAUGAUUGUUUCAAGCAGAAAAGAACAAAACCGUUCCUUUCUGAGAAAUAAGCAGACAUCAGAACCAUUCAGCAGUAUGUGCAGUUGCCAGUAAAGCUUUAAACACAGGUCAGACUUUGAAUUCAUAAAAGUAGUCUUUAAUUGAUAUUCAGACAGUUCUGAAGUCUCUCGUUUUACAGUGACAGUAUCUAAAAACACAUAACUAUGGAACUAUGUUGACUAAUUACUAUGCACAGUGUUGUAAUGAUCUCACUUGAAUGAAAAAUUGUAAAAGCACAGUCAAAACACCCAGUGCAUGCAGCAGCUGACAAGGAAAGACUAAACUCUGAUAUUUCAUACAUACAAUUUCACCUCACAUUAAGCAGUCUAGAAUAUUCCAUCAGAUGAACAUCAUAGCCAAUCUGACACAGAAGAUAAAACCCACUUGUUUUUUAUACUUGCAAAUAAAUUGAAGAUAUCACCAAAAACAUAUAUAAAAUAAAACACAACAUGAAAAAUUACUUUAUGAUUUAAAAUACAAACAACAUCA